CCGACUUCCGGCCGGCGGGGCUGCACCGGCUCCUGGUAGACGUGUAACGGACGGUGGGCUGCGGCCAUGGCCGAGAGGAAGUCCAACGGCGGCGCCGCCGCCUCCUCGGCGGGCACGAACUUGCUCUUCUCCUCGUCGGCCACGGAGUUCAGCUUCAGCGUCCCCUUCAUCCCGGUCACGCAGGCCUCCCCCGUGCCGGCCUCCUUGCUCUUGCCCGGAGAUGACUCGGCGGAGGUGGGCGAGGAGGACAGCUUCCUGGGCCAGACGGCGGCCCCCGCGGCGGCCCCGCAGACCUUCAGCUACUUCUCUCAGGCAUCAAGCAGUAGUGAUCCCUUCGGGAGCCUCGGCCCGUCGCCGCUGACCACCGCCGCCGGACAGCCCGCCUUCUCCAGGCCGCCCUCGGCCCUGCCCUUCCCCGCGGCCACCCCGGACCCCGCCGGCGCCUUCGCGACCGCCGGCCCCGGGGCCCCGUUCGGCGCCGCGUCCCCGGCCCCCCUGGGCGCCAGUGCGUACCCGCCUGCCCAGCCCAGCAGCCUGCCCCCGGCCCUCAGCAGCCCCCCGCAGGGCGCGCCCCCGCAGGGCUACAACCCCUACCGCCACACGCCCGUCAGCAGCAGGGCCAACCCCUACCUCGCCCCGCCGCAGCUGCAGCAGAGCCAGGCCCCCGCCGCGCCCCUCCAGCCGCCCCCCGCGGGGGGACCCCCGGCGCACAUGUACCAGAUGCCGCCUGGGUCUGUGCCCCCGGUUCCUGCGGCUGUGCAGCCGGGCCUGCCCCCUCCGACGCCGCAGCAGGCCCUUGCCCGGCUGACGGGCCCCUCCGGGCAGCCGCCGCCCCCUUUCCUCCCCCAGAACCAGUAUGAACCCGUCCGGCCCCACUGGUUCUUCUGCAAAGAGGUGGAGCACAGGCAGCUGUGGCUGCCUUUCAGCGCGCUGGACUCGCGGACCCUCGAGGAGACCUAUAAUUCAGUCCAGCCGGACCCCGAGAGCGUGGUCCUGGGCACCGACGGAGGCCGCUACGACGUUCACCUCUAUGACCGCAUGCGGAAGGCCGUGUACUGGGAGGAGGAGCCCACCGAGGUGCGCCGCUGCACCUGGUUUUACAAAGGCGACACGGACAGCAGGUUCAUCCCCUAUACGGAGGACUUCAGCGAGAAGCUCGAGGCCGAGUAUAAAAAGGCUGUGAGCACCAACCAGUGGCAUCGCAGGCUGGAGUUCCCCAGCGGAGAGACCAUCGUGAUGCACAACCCGAAGGUCAUCGUCCAGUUCCAGCCGUCGUCGGUGCCAGACGAGUGGGGGACGACGCAGGACGGGCAGACGCGGCCCCGAGUGGUGAAGCGCGGCAUCGACGACGACCUGGACGAGAUUCCCGACGGGGAGCGGCCUCAGGUGGACCACCUGGUCUUCAUGGUGCACGGCAUCGGGCCCGUGUGCGACCUGCGCUUCCGGAGCAUCGUCGAGUGCGUGGAUGAUUUUAGGGUGGUUUCUCUCAAAUUGCUGCAGACGCAUUUCAAGAGCGCGGUGGAUGCGCAGCGCGUGAGCCGGGUGGAGGUGCUGCCGGUGCACUGGCACAGCGCCCUGGGCGGGGACGCCACGGGCGUGGACAGGAAUAUCAAGAAAAUCACCUUACCAAGCGUUGGCCGCUUUCGUCACUUCACCAACGAAACCUUGCUGGAUAUUUUGUUUUACAACAGCCCCACCUACUGCCAGGCCAUCGUGGAGAAAGUGGGGCUGGAGCUGAACCGUCUGCACGCCCUCUUCCUGAGCCGGAACCCCGACUUCAGAGGCGGGGUGUCUGUUGCGGGGCACAGUUUAGGUUCUUUAAUACUGUUUGAUAUCCUGUCCAAUCAAAAAGAUUUGAAUUUUUCUAAGUCUCCUGGGCCGCUAACGAUUGCUAAUGGCGUUGUGAAGCAGCCGAAUUUUCAGGAAAAGCAGGUACCUGAAGAGCCAAAGUUGAAUUUGGAUGAGUCCUGUGACCUUGAGGUUGAAAAUGAAGACGCCGUCACCUUGCAGGAGGCCCUGGAAACACUCAGCCUCUCUGAGUACACCAGCACAUUCGAGAAGGAAAAGAUCGACAUGGAGUCCCUGCUCAUGUGUACCGUGGAUGACCUGAAGGAAAUGGGAAUACCCCUGGGCCCCAGAAAGAAGAUCUCGAACUUUGUGAAGCAUAAAGCCGCCAAACUGGAGCAGAGAAAGAUGGCGUCGGAGAAGAAGGCUGCAGUGGCCGCUGCCACCCCAGGACCAGAAGGAAGUGCUCCGAAAGGCGACGGAGCGGCCGCGGAGCCCGGCGAGUCCAAGAGGAGGCUGCCCGUCGGCGUCUGCGUGUCCUCCUCGCACGUCCACUACGAGUCCUUUGAGGUUGGCACGGGGCAGGUUUCUGUUGUUUAUAACUCGUUGGACUUUGAGCCAGAGAAUUUCUUUGCCUUGGGGUCCCCCAUUGGUGUGCUUCUCACCGUUCGAGGAGUGGAUCGGAUAGACGAGAACUACAGGCUUCCGACGUGUAAAGGCUUCUUCAAUAUUUACCACCCACUUGACCCGGUGGCAUAUAGAUUAGAGCCCAUGAUUGUUCCUGAUUUGGACCUCAAAGCAGUCCUCAUUCCACAUCACAAAGGCAGAAAAAGGCUUCAUUUAGAGCUGAAAGAAAGCCUCUCGCGUAUGGGCUCUGAUCUGAAGCAGGGUUUUAUUAGCUCUCUGAAAAGUGCUUGGCAGACGUUAAACGAGUUUGCGCGUGCCCACACCUCUUCCGCUCAGCUGCAGGAAGAGCUGGAGAAGGUGGCCAACCAAAUCAAAGAGGAGGAGGAGAAGCAAGUAGUUGAAGAGAAGAUUGUUGACAGUCCCGACUCGCUCAGGGACGAGGACUACCUGGGGAAGGUCGGGAUGCUCAACGGCGGCCGGCGCAUCGACUACGUGCUCCAGGAGAAGCCGAUCGAGAGCUUCAACGAGUAUCUCUUCGCUCUUCAGAGUCACCUGUGCUACUGGGAAUCAGAAGAUACCGCCUUGCUAUUACUGAAGGAAAUUUACCGAACCAUGAACAUCAGCCCUGAGCAGCCCCAGCACUGAGUGGCGCCCCUCACCAAAGGCCCAGACGACAGCACAGUUCCGAGAAGAUCCUCCCAGAUGUCCCCCGUGUGCUCUGUGGCCGGGAGCAGAGCGGGCUUCCCGGCUAGCUGCUCGCCGACGGUCCCUGCUGGCGGCGUUCAUCAGACGCCGGCACACAGGGCCACGACAAGGAGACUUCGAAGAGCAGCCACUACCACAUUUGGACAGUCUAGCGGGAAAACGCAAUUCUGAAAAUGAUGAAGUGAACGAUUCCUUGGAUGAGUUUAGUUCUUCAGUUGUCAAAGUACCAUGGAAUAUCAAUGAAUACCUGUAGCAUGCAAAUGGUUGUUUCUGUCUCUUAAGAGCUAAGAGCUCUUGUUGAUGGGCUAUUAAACUUGCAUAUAUUUUUUAUUAAUGUAGUACGUUCCUUUAUUCAAGUAUGGACUUCUGGCUAGAUUGAUUGUUUUGUUUUGUUUUGGGGCCACACCUGGCAGUGCUCAGGGGUUACUCCUUGCUCUGUGCUCAGAAAUUACUCCUGGCAGAGCUCAAGGGACCAUGUGGGGUCCUGGGGAUUGAACCUGGAUUGGCCAUGUGCAAGGUGUACACUACCUGCUGUCCUUUCGCUCUGGCCCCUGGUUUUUGUAAACGUGUCUGUUCUACAUUCAACGUGAAUUGUUGCGCUGCUACAGUGUGGGACAUUUGUAUGUGUUAAGAGGAGACCCGGCGGUCGCUUGAAGAGGUGGGAUAUAAGCUCAUAGGACACCACCAGGCUACCUGAGAGCACCUACCGGAGGAGGGCGGCAUGCUCCCCACUUCCCAGAGCCCGGGGAGCCCUCCUGCCAUGCAGGGGGUGAGCAGGAGAGGAGGGCGGCAAGAGCUUCCUCGUUGCUGCUGGAGGCAGCUGUGAUGGUCCACGCAGACGCUCACUUAACUACGAGAACCAAAGUAGAGAUCUUUGUUCGUCUUUUGCUUUGUAUUGUUUUUACUUAUACCAAAGUGUUUGAAAGUAUGAGCCCCGUGCUCCUAGACUAUAAAUCUACUUCAUGGACAGACUGUUGUGUAAUAUUUCACUUUUGUCUUACUCUAACUUCAAAUGAUCUAAAUAUUUUCCUAAUACUGCAGGAGAAUACUGAUUUCAUUCUUUUGUUAUGCAGUAGAAACAUUUUGCACAUUUUGUACAUAGUUCUCAUGGAACAGAAUUUUUAGAAAAAACAAAACAAAACAAAAUAGGAUACACCUUUUCUUGUGUAUGUAUCCUGAUCAGUGUGAAUAAACAGUGAUUUAUCAAUGCACUUUUGUAAGCAGCAAACUCCUGCCUUGCUUGUGUUCAAAAGUAUUCCGGUGAUCUGUGUGGGCUUACUUUUGUUGUGACUUGCAUUCUCUAGUUAAUCGUGACAGCAGCAUUGCUCCUGACACUAGCGUGAGGACUGCUGGGUUUUGGAGGUUCGCUCCCCUGCUGGCAGCUGAGGACCCCGCUCUCCCAGCCUGCGGGGCACAGACCAGGCGGUGCUUCUGACUCCUCUCGCCUUCAUUCCCUACACCCAGAUGGUCGCUGCUCUCUCUCCUUCCUUCCCUAGACGACCAGCUAAAGAAAAAAUGAGAACUGUUUAUGUCUAUUUUAAUAAAAUCCAACUUGGAUCU